AUGCGUCAACUACUUCGUAAUGAAGAUGAUGAUGACCAACACUUAAAUGGCAAUUCUUUAGGAAAUGCGGCUUUUGGUGGCAAGGGAGCCAUCUGGAAAAGCUAUUUAAAAUGCAAUGGAACUGAAAACAAAUUGAUGGACUGUAAAGACGGGGGACCGUCUUAUUAUUGUUCGCAUUCAGAAGAUGUAGGAAUCGAUUGUUUUAAUGAGGCUCCUAGAUCUGGUGAAGUACGAUUAAUUUCUGGAAGACUCGAGAUAUUUUACAAAGGAAUAUGGGGCACAGUUUGUGAUGACAGCUUUGAUGAUAUUGAUGCUCAAGUGGCUUGUAGACAACUUGGAUACAAGUAA